AUGGCCUUGAGUUUAGCCUUGGAGAAGCACCCCAUGGCAGCAGCCCUUCGAGCCAUCCGGCCUAAAGGGCCCUUGAGCUUCCAGUCCCUGCCUGCAGCCCUGCGGCCGCUGGUCCGCGCCUAUCUCUUGGGCUAUGCCUCGGCCGUUGCGCCUCGGCUGUUGACGCUGAUGCUGCAGUUCAUCUCCAAGAAACGCAAGAGCGCAAAGAAGUAUCUCUCCUCGGACAAGGACGAACGGUCGUUCAAGGACUCGGCUUUCCGAAUCCUGCGGACAGGCCUGGAUCCACGACGCUUCCCCACGUUUUGUGCCGCCCUGGUGGGAGGCUCGACUUUGUUGCAGGAACCUCUGCUCAAAAUCAUCGGCCGCGUUGCCACCCAGCUCAGUACGACAUCACAACUCAGCCUCCAGCUUCUCCAGUCUAAGCAGACACAGACACCCCCAGCGUGGGCGGAUUCCGGUUUGGCUGCAGUGCAGCAAGGCUUGUCCGAAGCCUCAGCCGGCGGUUAUGGCGGUCGAACGCUUGACCUUACUCUCUUUGCUGUCACCCGCGCCGCCGACGUCCUCGUCGGCGAGCUGUGGUCUCAACGUCGCUCCCGUCGCAAGGCCACGGGCAAGUGGACGGUGAUUGAGCAAGUCAUGUCUCGUCUCAUGGACCCCGUCGUGUUUGCCGCCUCCUCGGGCCUCAUCAUGUGGGCGUGGUUCUACUCUCCAGACAGUUUGCCUCGCAGCUACAACAAGUGGAUUACGUCUGCCGCGUCUGUCGACCUACGCCUCAUCGAAGCUCUACGCCGGUGCAGAAACGGGGAGCUCGUCUACGGCAAGGAAACCGGCCAGGCGCCGCUGCUGGGCUCCAUGUGCGACGACUACGGCCUGCCUGCGGAAUGGGGCGACCCAGCCAAGGUCGUCCCGUUCCCCUGCGACAUCGUCCACAUGGGGUGUGGCCCGUCAUGCGAAUAUCAUGCUAUCAGCCGCUUCCUUCGUUCCUGGAAAUGGUCCAUGCUGACCUACUUACCCCUCGCCUUGGCCCUUCAACUACGCAACCCCAGGCGCAUCAAUCUCGUCAAGGCCAUCACCGGCUCUACCCGAUCAUCCACUUUUCUUGCUACCUUUAUAACCCUCUUUUACUACGGGGUGUGUCUAGCCCGCACUCGCCUCGGCCCCCGCGUCCUCGGCAAAGAAAUACCGAACCGCCAGCGAAUCGACGAGGGCGUAUGUGUCGGUGCUGGAUGCUGCCUCUGUGGAUGGAGCGUGUUCAUCGAGACGGCGGGUAGAAGGAAAGACAUGGCCCUGUUUGUGGCGCCGCGGGCACUGGCAACUUUGGUCCCUCGGCGGUAUCCCCUGGAGAAGCAAUGGCGAGAGAAGUUGAUAUUCGCAGCGAGCACGGCAGUCGUGUUUACUUGCGCCCUCGAGAAUCCAAAGAGAGUUAGGGGCGUGCUGGGGGGUAUCUUGGGCAUGGUGUUGAAGAAAUAA